UCCUGUCACCGCCCCUGUCGGCGGCGGGGCGGGCUGAGCCCACACCCGGCUGGGCUCUGGCGGCUGGAGGAUGAGUCGCUGAUGCCAGGAGCUCCGGCCGGGCAGGAGGAUGCUCCUGAACCGGCUCUAUCUGGGACGGUCGCGGCUGCUGACGACGAUCCGAGCCCGCAACCGUGCGUGUCCGAGGCCACUACCACCCGCACCCCAGGUUUUAUAUAUGAAACUGUAUGGAAAUCCAAAAUAUUACCAGGCCUUCUAUUACGGAACAGUGUUGCCACCUGAUGAAAUAACAGUCAAUUAUAAACAUGGCCUUCCCUUGGUGACACUGACUCUGCCAUCCAGAAAAGAGCGUUGUCAGUUUGUCGUCAAGCCAAUGGUGUCAACAGUUGGCUCCUUCCUUCGGGACUUACAAAAUGAAGACAAAGGCAUCAAAACUGCGGCCAUCACCACAGCAGGCAGUGAGAUUCCAGCCUCAACAUUGAUGGACACUUUGCUAAUGAAAGAUUUUAAACUCGUUAUUAACGAACUAGCAUAUGAUGUUCGGUGUCAUAAGAAAGAAAAACCAAGUGCCGAGCACACGAUUGAGAUGGAAAACAUGAAAUCUCUGGUUCACAGACUGUUUACAGUACUGCACUUAGAGGAAUUUCAGAAGAGAAGAGAGCGCCACCUGAUGGCAAAGAUCGACCACCUGAAGGAACAGCUGCAGCCCCUGGAGCAGGUCAAAGCUGGAAUAGACGCUCGGUCAGAAGCCAAAACCAGCGGACUCCUGUGGGCUGGUUUAGCCCUGCUCUCUGUUCAGGGAGGGGCACUGGCCUGGCUUACAUGGUGGGUGUACUCCUGGGAUAUCAUGGAACCAGUCACCUUCUUCCUUACGUUUGCAAAUUCCAUGGUCUUUUUUGCAUACUUCAUCAUAACCCGACAGAACUACACCUACUCAUCCCUUCGGAGCAGGCAGUUUCUUCAGUUCUUCCACAAGAAGUCGCAGCAACAGUGUUUUGAUGUGGAGCAAUACAACAAGCUAAAGGAGGACCUCGCUGAGGCCACAGAAUCCCUGGAGACCAUGCGCCAGGCCCUCCAUUUGCGACUGCCAGGAGAGGAGCUCAAGGAGAAGAAUUAGUCCCACGUUUUUAAACAACCCAGGGCCACACGCUUUUGUAACUUACCAACUGGACAUUUUCAAGGUCGUGUUCAUUUCCAUUUGAUGGCUUCAGAUGUUGUUUGGCUGUUAAACUCGAGUGGAGCAGAGUACUCUUUGCCAUUCUCACAUGAGAUUCUUGGUUUGUGGAUCUGUGAGGACUGAGGUUUCAGAAGGCCUGUGUGCCCUGGCAAAGCCUUGGUACCCAAAGCCCUCCCCUGCUGGCCCCAUGUGGAGGUAAAAUGAUUGGCGUCUUGGCAUUCAUUCACUUUGGUUCUUAGGUUCAUCUGGAAUCACCUUGUUAAUUUGAACUUGGUUUUAUUUCUUGAGACAGGAUCUCAUGGUGAUGUGGGAUUCCCCUCUGUAUGCCGUUAAUAUGUUUUAUUACCAUUGGUUAAUAAAGAAGCUGUUUGGGCCUAUGACAGGGCAGAACAGAGCAAGGUGGGAAUUCCAAGCAGAGAUAGAGGCAAAAAGAAGGCAGAGUCCGAGAGAUGCCAUGUAGCCCCAUGAGGAGACAGACGCCCACCCUGGAACCUUGCUGGUAAACCACGCCCCUCAUGGUAAAAUACAAAAUAAUAGAAAUGGGUAAAUUUAAGAUGUAAGGGUUAGCUAGAAAUAUGCAUAAGCUAAUAGGCCAAGCAGUGUUUUAAUUAAUACAGUUUCUUUUUGUGUGAUUAUUUUGGGUCUAGGCAGACGGGAAAUUAACAAACAGCCUCCGUCUACAUCACGCUGUGGCUCAAGCUGCUUUGUAGUCUAAACAAUCCUCCUGCCUAAGUUUUCUGGGUCUGUAAUUACAAGUACGAGUCAUUAUAUCCAUAA